AUGCCGCGUCCAACAUUAUUACCCACGCCCGCGUCCUCCACGGACAUAAAGGGCCAAGACGGCUCCAAGGACCUCGCCUCCCUCCAGCUAUCCUUUGAACUGCCGCCGCCCGCAAUCGUCCAGGACGCCUCGAGGGUCUCCCCAAAAGACACGAGAAGGACGUCGCCGGCCAACACCAACAGCUUUCAGCCCAUUUCGCCUCCCCACGUCAACGCGAACAAGCCGUACCCGGUCCAGCCCAGCGAGACCGUGAAGUCUCGCCGGCGCUCUUCGGCUGCCCAAAAGACGGCGGCCGCUGCUUCCAACGAGAGCUUCGCGCUGCCGCCGCCGCCGACUAGGUCACGCAAGAUUAUCCAGAUGAAGCCGCGCGCUCAACAGCAGAACGAGGCCGAGGCCGAGGCCAAGGCCAAGGAUAAGGACGCCCCGUCGGCGGCUGCCGGUGCCAAGUCCGGAGCUGCGGGUCCAGGGAAGGCUGGCUCGGCGGCGGCGAACGGGUCGUCCUCGUCCUCCGCUUCCACGGCGCAGGGCAAGAAGAAGGCGCCGUCGGCGACGAGCGCGGCGGGACGCAAGAUUGCGAGGAAGACGGCGCACAGCUUGAUCGAGCGGCGCCGGAGAUCGAAAAUGAAUGAGGAGUUCGCCGUGCUCAAGGGCAUGAUUCCGGCUUGCACCGGGGAAAUGCACAAGCUGGCAAUCUUACAGGCAUCAAUCGAAUACGUGAGGUACCUCGAAGACUGCGUCUCCAAGCUCAAAGCCCAACGCGACGCCUCCGAGGCCCGUUCACCCGCCGAGUCCGGCCUGCAGACGCCUUCCGGCGGGGGCAGCCGCGCCGAGCCGUGGGGCCAAAUCCCGCAAUUCGUGCCGCGAUACCAAGAAGAUCCGGACGAUGUGGAGAUGACCGACUCCGAGGCCCCGUCGCCCACUUUUCCGCCUAUGCAGCAGCAGCAGCAGCAGCAGCAACAGCAAUACUCGCAACAACCACAACAGCAACAGCAACUUCCUCAUACCCGCUCUCAGCAGCCGUCCGUAUCGCCCGCCCUCUUACCGCAGGACUCGAGGCACCGCCACGACUCCUACUCGUCCGUCUCGACGGACCACCCGCGCCAUAAUAGCUACAGCUACAGCACGUCGACGACGACAUCACCCGCGUUUGGGCCGCAGACGUACGGCGGCGGGUACGGCAGCCUUUCAGCGCUUACGAGUCCCGCGCUGGCGCCGCAGCGGGAUCGCGAUCUGGACCACGAGGCGACGGCUGCAUUGUUGAUGCUGAAUAGCGAUCGGAGGGGGACGGUUGGGGAGGCGAGUGCUAGCGGUGCUGGUGCUGGUGCUGGUGGCAUUGUGAAUCCGACGAGAGGUGCUGGGCGGGGGAUGUCGGUUCGGGAUCUGCUCAGUACUUGA